AUGUCUAAACUUUGCGCUUCCUUGGGCAUUGAAGGAAUCAUAACGGUUCCUGAACAGGAGCAGCCUGACCCUGACUUUUCGACCGUUAAAUUCCCAAAUCCAGAAGAAAAUGGUGCUUUGGAUUUAGCCAUGAAAACAGCAGAUAAUUCUGGUGUAACUUUAAUAGUCGCCAACGAUCCAGAUGCAGAUCGGUUCGCUGCUGCUGAAAAGGUCAAGUUCACUGGAGAUCAUAUAGGGGUUCUACUGGCAUCGCAUCUCCUGGAUUUAUGGAAGAAUAAGAAGUCAGAAAAACCCAUGGCUAUGCUAAACUCUGCAGUGUCGUCAAACAUGCUAUCAAAAAUGGCCGAGAAAGAAGGCUUCCAUUUCGAAGAGACUUUAACUGGAUUUAAGUGGAUGGGGAAUGUUGCCCGACAGCUUGAAACCCGAGGCUAUGAAGUGCCGUUUGCGUUUGAAGAAGCUCUUGGGUACAUGUUCACGAAAGUUUGCUAUGACAAGGAUGGGCUCACCGCUGCCAUGGUGUUUUUAGCAGCUGAGGCGAAAUGGAAAGAACAGGGCCUGACCCCAUUCGGGAAGCUUGAACAACUCUACGAAAUGUAUGGAUACCAUGAAAACCUCAACACUUACUUCGUUUCGCCAGACACGAAAAGCACUACUUCUCUAUUUGAGAGCAUCCGAAAGAAUACUCUUGAUGCUCAGGGUACUAUCGGAUCAUUCCCUAUCCAUAGAUGGAGAGAUAUGACCAGAGGUUACGACUCAGAUACUGCGGAUAAGCGGCCAGUGCUUCCUGUAGAUCCCGCGAGUCAGAUGCUCACUAUAUGGUCACAUCGAGGCAUUCGGUUUACAAUUCGAGGCUCAGGCACAGAGCCGAAGGUUAAGAUUUAUAUCGAGAGCUGCGGUGCUUCCCGCAACGACGCCGUUGAAGCGGUUUGUGAUUUGCUGACGGCCGUUGUAGAAAACUGGAUAAAACCAUACGCUCCAGCUAUGACCUAUUUCAACAGUAUGACAACUUCAUCUGGACAUAUUUUGAAGCUCGCGUAA